AUGGCGGCGCCGGCGCUGGGCGCGCUGCUGCUGCUGCUGCUGCUGCUGCUGGGGGCGGUGGCGGUCGGCGGACGGGCGGCCCCGGGGGGGGGGGGCGGCGAUCGCCCUGCCUCUGUCCCUGCCUUGCUCCGUCUCUACUUCUGUCUAUCCAUCCCUACCUCGGUCCAUCUGUUCCUGUCUCCAUCCACCCCUCCCUUGAUCCGUCCCUACUUCUGUCCAUCCCUGCCCCCAUCCAUCCCUACCCCAGUCUGUCUGUCCCUCCCUUGGUCCAUCCAUCCCUCCCUGCCUCUGUCCAUCCGUCCCUACAUCUGUCCAUCCCUGCCUCCAUCCAUCCCUCCCUCAGUCCGUCUGACCCUACCCCUGUCUGUCCCUACCUCCAUCCAUCCCUUUCUCGGUACACCCAUCCCUACCCCAGUCUGUCUGUCCCUCUCUUGGUCCAUCCGUCCUUCCUUCAGUCCCUCUGUCCCUACAUCUGUCCAUCCCUACCUCCACCCAUCCCUCUCUCAGCACAUCCACCGCUACCCCAGUCUGUCUGUCUCUCCCUUGAUCCAUCCAUCCCUCCCUUGGUCCGUCUGUCCCUACAUCCCUACCUCUCUCCAUCCCUGCCCCUGUCUGUCUGUCCGUCCCUACCUCGGCCCAUCCAUCCCACAGGUAUCAAUGCAGUACAACCCCGGUUGGAACGGCUCCUCAGUUUCCUCGGUCAACGUUCUGCACGUGCGGGCGGUGGGACGCGGCGACUCGCUGCACUACGUGUGGAGCAGCAUCGGGGCCCCCUCGGUGCUGCUGGUGGCCACAAGCAGCCCCAGCAGCGCUCUGUCCAUCGACUGGAGCCGCCUGCUGUCCCCUGCGCCCGCCGGCGCCGUGUGGAUCGAGCCGCCCGGCAGCGUGGUGCACGCGGCUGCUGUUGUCUUCACCAAGCUGUUUGAGUACAGCAAGGCCGAUGCCUCGGAGGCGGUUUUCUACCCCUCGUACGAUCUGUCGGACUUCUCCUGGGACAGCAUCAACCGCACCGUGAACCACACGGCGCUGACGGCCGAACUUCGCGGCGUCCCCAACUCCGAUCCCGGCGGCAGCUUCUCCAACGGCAGCCUGGCGUUCCGGGUGACGGCUUAUGGAAGCGGCGGGCGCGACGGAGCGCCGCCCGGCCUCCUGCACACGGCCAACAGCUCCAAAGUGGAAUUCGUCCUGGCCGGGGCGGCCCCGCGGGGCAACGGCUCGCGCUUUGUGCUGGAGGUGACCACGGUGCAGGAGAGAGGGGCGGCAUCCAGGCUGCGCUCGGCGCGCUCCAUCGACGACGAAUACACCCCCACCAUCUUCGAG